AUGGGCAUCCUGGAUCGAAUUCGUGACAUAGAGCUGGAGCUCAAGCGGACUCAGGUAAAUAAGGCUACCAUGGGCCAUAUUUGCAGGCUAAAGUCGCGCCUGGCGCGCCUGCGAACACAGCUGCUUCUGGACGAGGAGAAGGCACGGAAGCAGGGCGCCGGCAGCGCCGAGGGCUUCGAGGUCCCCAAACAAGGUGACGCCCGGGUAAUCAUGCUCGGUGCACCAUCCAUAGGCAAGUCGACGUUUGUAUCGCAGGUAACCGGUAUCGACAGUGCCGUGGCUGCGUACGAGUUCACGACUGUGGACUGCAUCCCCGGUGAGCUGCACUUGCGCGGAGCUCGCAUCCAGCUGCUCGACCUGCCCGGGAUCAUCGAAGGCGCUGCACAGGGGCGCGGCCGUGGACGACAGGUUAUUGCGCUGGCACGCUCUGCGGACCUGGUACUUAUGAUGCUCGACGUCGGUAAGGACGUGGACGCGCAACGGCGGUUCAUCGAAAGGGAAGUUGAAUUGGCCGGUAUUCGCUUGAACAGGCGCCCGCCGAACGUCAUGUUCCAGCUGAAGAAAGCGGGCGGGGGCAUCACCUUUAACGCUACCUGCCCGCUCAGCCAUUUGGAUGAAAAGCUGGUGUACGCUAUCCUUCAAGAGUAUCGAAUUUAUAACGCCGACAUCCUGGUUCGUGAAGAUGUAAACGUGGAUGAGUUUAUUGACGUCAUUGAGGGGAACAGAGUGUAUGUUCCGUGCAUCCACGUCUAUAAUAAGAUUGACUUGAUCACCAUAGAGGAGCUGGACCGCCUGGCGCGGUCGGAUCCGUACCACGGCGUGGUGCUCAGUUGCGCACUUCGCUUGAAUAUGGAUGAGGUCUUGGAGAAAAUAUGGCGAGCGCUGAAGAUCGUCCGAGUCUACACCAAGAAACGCGGAGAACCGCCAGACUUUGAGCGACCUCUGAUUCUGCGCUCCAGCCAGGCGCGGGUAGCGGACGCCUGUCGCAAGAUCCAUCGAUCCCUAGCCGACCCGACACAGUUCCGCUACGCACUGGUCUGGGGACGCAGCACGAAACACGACCCUCAACGAGUAGGUCUAUCUCAUCAGCUUGCCGAUGAGGAUGUCCUCUGUGUAGUCACGAAAUAG